GCUCCGCUUUUGAACAUCACAAAGUGCGCGCCCCUCAGCGACAUUUGCGUUUAGAAUCCAGUUGAGCCCAGAGAACGUUUACUGCAACAGCAACAAAGCAAAGCAAUCGAACUUGUCAAGUUAACUGAAAUAAAUGCGAACAGCUACCACCAAUUAGCUAAGAAAGAAGAAGUGCUUGAAACUCGCGUCACACGUACAGAGCGACAUACAUUUGUUUUUUUUCGGUGCAAAGUGCAGGUGCAGCAGCGGAGUCGUCGGCUAACCACACAUGACCACAAUGCCACCGGAAAUGUCCGCAACAACGGCAGCUCCCGUUGGCAGUGCACCGAGUGCCACCGCUCACCAUCCCGCUGCCGUCGGCGGCGGCAUGCCGCGUCCAGCUUCCCCGGCCGUCGGCAGCAACACGACAACAGCGACGGCCACCACGGCGACGCGAUCCCGCUUCAUGAUCACCGACAUUCUGGCUGGAGCGGCGGCAGCAUCGGCGGCGGCAGCAGCAGCGGCGGCCGCCCUGGCAGCCGCCUCUUCCGGCGGUGGGCGUGGCAGUCCGACGGACUCGGAGCGGGAGCAAUCGCUGGUCGCCCAGCAUCACCACCAUCACCAGCAGCAGCAGCAGCAACAUCAUCAUCAUCAGCAGCAACAGCAGCAGCAGCAACAUCAGCAGGCUGCCCUGCAACAGUACAUCGUGCAACAGCAGCAGUUGCUGCGCUUUGAACGGGAGAGGGAGCGAGAACGGGAGCGGGAACACUAUAGGGAGAGGCAUUCGCCGCCCGGCAACAACCCCUACGCCCACCACCCCUUGCCGCCCCAUCUGCUCGCCCACUUUCCGCCCGCCCACUACGCCGUGCUGCAGCAACAGCAGCAACAGCAACAGCAACAGCAGCAGCAGCAGCAGCAACAUCCCCACCCGCAUCAGCUGCAGCUGGAGAGGGAACGAUUGGAGGCACUGCAUCGGCAUGGCCACGCGCUGCCCGGUGAUCCUGGCCAGCACUUGAGCCACCUGAGCCACCUGAGCCACCACCAGCAGCACCACCCGCAUCUGCAUCAUGCCAUGCACGAUGAGCGAUCCCGCUCGCCGCUGAUGCUGCAGCAGUUGGGCGGCGCUGCCAGUGGCAAUGGCAAUGGAAACAACAAUAACAACAACAGCAGCAGUGCCAGCAACAAUAACAACAACAGUGCUAGUGCCAACAGCAACAUCAUCAGCGGCAACAGCAGCAGCAACAGCAACAACAACAAUGGCAGUGGCAACGGCAACAUGUUGCUCGGCGGCGCCGGCAGCAGCAUCAGCGGCGAUCAGGCGAGCACCAUCGACGACAGCGACAGCGAUGAUUGCGGUGGCAAGGACGACGAUGGCGAGGACAGUUUGAAGAACGGCAGCUCGGCGAACGGCGACUCCUCGUCGCACUUGAGUCUGAGUCUGAGCAAGAAGCAGCGGAAGGCGCGUACCGCCUUCACGGACCACCAGCUGCAGACGCUGGAGAAGUCCUUCGAGCGGCAGAAGUACCUCAGCGUGCAGGAUCGCAUGGAGCUGGCCAACAAGCUGGAGCUGAGCGACUGCCAGGUGAAGACCUGGUACCAGAAUCGCAGAACCAAAUGGAAGCGCCAGACGGCGGUGGGCCUGGAACUGCUGGCCGAGGCGGGCAACUAUGCGGCCUUUCAGCGGCUGUACGGCGGUGCCACGCCCUAUUUGAGCGCCUGGCCGUACGCGGCCGCCGCUGCCGCCCAAUCGCCCCACGGCGCCACGCCCUCCGCGAUCGAUAUCUAUUACCGCCAGGCGGCCGCAGCAGCAGCCAUGCAAAAGCCCUCGCUCCCCGCCUCGUACCGCAUGUAUCCAUCGAGUAUGCCGCCGGGCAUGGCGCUGCCGGGCAUGCCCGCUCCCCCGCCCCCCGGCGCAGCGCCCAUGCUCAGCGGCUACUAUGCCGCCGCAGCGGCAGCGGCCGCUUCCGCCGGCGCCCAACAGCAGCAGCAGCAGCAACAGCAACAACAGCAACAGCCGCCAGCGGCGUCCCGCUCGCCAGCCACCAGCCAGAGCGCCAAUAGCGAAGCGGACUGCGAGCGGACCAGCAGCAGCAGUCGCCAGCGCCUGAUCACGCCCAGUCCGCCCCUGAAUCCGGGCAGUCCGCCGCAUCGGGAGCGGCUCGGCGAGGAGGAGGACAGGGAGCGGGACGACGAGCGGGACAUGGAACGCGAGAGGGAGCGAGAGAGGGAGAGGGAGCGGGAGCGGGAAAGGGAAAGGGAACGAGAGCAGGACGAGGAUGAUGACGAGGAGCUGGCCCUGGAGGUCUGAGAAUCCCCGCGAGAAUUCAUCCCUCCCCACAGCUGGAUCUCACAAAUUUGUCUAAAGAAAUAAUCAAGUGGGCGGCGUGUGUUCGAGAAGAACUAUGAAAUAUGGUGAACAUCUUUUCAAAAAAGUUGCAACACAUUUGUUUUGUCUUAAAUUGUAAAGUCCAAAGUUUUAAAGGUAAAUACAUGUGGUUUCUCAAGAACUGCAAAAACCCUUUAGAUAUUAUGUCAAAAACUGUUUCUCACAUUCAAAAUAUCUGCAAGAGUUUUAACACUACGAAUAAAUGCAAAUUUAACGACCAAGCGAAAGUUCAUUACAUUGUACUCAUAGAAAGUUCUCAUAAACAUACCUUUAUUUUAGACACAGCUGUAGAUAAAAUGUGCUUGCUAAAAACCCCAAAAACCAUGAAUCUGAACUGCGAACUAAAUGGUGGCAAACUGCAUAAAAUUUGUAUAAAAUCGAAAAGUCGAAAAUAUUUCCAUAGAACUACCCAAAAAGUGACAGUAUUAGACACUCUACCCAUGUUCAUCUGUUUCCA